AUGGAGUACAGCAGUUCCACAAAGCAGCUCACCACCAUCUUCUCAAGGGCAAUUAGGAAUGGGCGGAUACAACAGAGUCAAGUCCAACAAGCAGUUGUGAAAACUGGAAGGAAGACAGCAGAAUUUGAAGAAGCUCCCGAACGCAGACAAUUUUGCAAAUGGCCAUGCAAGUGCUCUCGCAAACCGUUAUGUUUACCUGGAGUAAGUCUGGUUACUGAUGGCUGUGGAUGUUGCAAAACCUGUGCAAAGCAAUUCGGGGAGCUCUGCACUGAAGCUGACACCUGUGACCCUCACAAGGACUUGUACUGUGACUAUUCUGGCGAUAGGCCUAAGUACGAAUUUGGAAUAUGCGCCUAUACUCUUGGAGUCGGGUGUAGGUUAAAUGGAAUCCAUUACAGACAUGGACAGACAUUCCAGCCACACUGUCACUAUAAAUGCACAUGUGUGAAUGGUGCAUUUGGAUGUACGCCCACUUGUACAAAGAAAUUGGCAGCUGACCAGUGUAGAAAUCCCAAGGCCAUAGAGAAAUCUGAAUAUUGCUGUGAAAAGUCUAUUUGUAAUAGGUCUGCAGUACAGCAGGCAGCAACAUAUAGAGUAAUGUCUGCUUAUAGCGCAAGACCAGUAAUAUGGCGGAAGAAAUGCCUGCUUCAAACAACUCCAUGGAGCUUAUGUUCAAAAUCCUGUGACAUUGGAAUAUCAGUCAGAGUGACAAAUGACAACAGCAAAUGUGAACUUGAGAGAGAAAGUAGACUAUGCUUUACUCGACCUUGUGACACAAGAGUAUCGAAAAAUAUGAAGAAGGGCAAGAAAUGUCUACAGACGUUCCAGCAUCCCAAGCCUGAAAAAUUUGCUCUCUCUGGCUGCACAAGUAGAAGAUCUUAUAGACCGAUAUUCUGUGGCACAUGCUCAGAUUCCCGUUGCUGUGUCCCUAACAAGGAAAAAACUGUGAAAGUGGAAUUUAACUGCACUGAUGGAGAAAUCAUCAUGUGGAAGAUGAUGUGGAUCACAUCUUGCAAAUGUCAACAGGCCUGUAUUGACUCAGAGGACAUAUUCUCAGAUCUGAAACUAUUGUAG